AUGGCCUCUCAAGCAUCAUCACUUCUCCAAGAAGACUGGGAUGUCCUCGUCAUCGGAGGAGGCAAUGCUGGCUUCAGCGCCGCCACCUCCGCUGCCGAAACUCUCCUCGCCCAGCAUGACAACGACAAUAACACCACCAACCCGCGCGUCCUCCUCAUCGACAAGUGCCCCGAGUCCUGGGCAGGAGGCAACAGCUACUUCACAGCAGGUGCCAUGCGCUGCGUGCACGCAGGUCUCUCCGACGUGCUUCCACUCGUCAACAACGUCGACGCUGAGCUGGCCACGCGCAUCGACCUGGCCCCUUACACACCCGACGACUUCCUCGGCGACCUGCAUCGCGUGACAGAUGGGCGCUACAACCGCGCCCUGGGCCGCAGGCUGGUUGAUGACAGCCGUGAGACGGUGGGCUGGCUCGCGGCGCACGGCGUGCGCUUCCAGCUGAGUUUCAACCGCCAGGCGUACCAGAUCGGCGACAGGUUCAAGUUCUGGGGUGGCAUGUGUCUCAAGACAGAGGAUGGUGGCAAAGGUCUUAUUGAGGACCACAAGAGGGCUGCUGCCAAAGCAGGCGUCACUGUGGUGUAUGAGACAGCUGCCAAGAGGAUCGUCACGGAUCCUGCGACGGGCAAGUUUGAGGCGCUGGAGGUGGUCCGCUCUGACGGCACGACGACAACGAUCAGGGCAAAGGCUGUGAUUCUCGCCGCAGGCGGGUUCGAGUCGAAUCCUCGCAUGCGUGCGCAGUAUCUGGGCCACGGCUGGGACCUGGGCCACGUGCGUGGCACUCCUUACAACACAGGCGAGGUUCUCGAGAUGGCAAUUCGUGACCUGGGCGCCAAGCAGGCCGGCCACUGGAGCGGGUGCCACAGCGUCGCCUGGGACGCCGACAGCCCUGCCGACACAGGCAGCCGCGAGACAUCCAACGAGUUCACCAAGAGCGGAUAUCCUCUGGGCAUUACGCUCAACAGAACCGGCGAGAGGUUCUUUGAUGAAGGAUCUGAUAUUCGCAACUAUACAUAUGCCAAGUUCGGCAAGGCGAUCCUGGGCCAGCCUGGGGGUGUGGCCUUUCAGGUCUGGGACGGGCAGGGCAUUCCGUGGCUGCGCAGCGAGGAAUAUCGUGAUGAGGUGGUGCGUAAGGUCUAUGGGGACACCAUUGAGGAGCUGGCUGCCAAGUUGGAGAAAAGUGAAGGUUUGGAGAGCGCACAGAAGUUUGUCGACACGGUCAAGGAGUAUAAUGAGGCUGUUUCGAGCCACAGACAGGAGAACCAAGGACUGAAGUGGGAUCCGUCCGUCAAGGAUGGGCUUUCCACGCAGUCCUCCACGAAAUCACUGCGCAUACCCAAGUCCAACUGGGCCCUGCCGCUGACGCAGGGUCCAUUUAUGGCGAUCAAGGUCUGCUGUGGCGUGACCUUUACCUUUGGCGGUCUGGCUGUUGAUCCUGAAACGUCAGCAGUAAUAUCAAGCGCUACGGGGGCAGCCAUGCCAGGUGUCUUUUGCUGCGGCGAAAUGUUAGGAGGGCUGUUCUAUGAAAAUUACCCUGGAGGUAGUGGUUUGACGUCUGGUGCUACGUUCGGCAGAAGAGCUGGUCUUCAAGCGGCUGCUCUGGUCAGGAAAUAA